CAACUCCUGGAACCACAACUCCUGGAACAACAACUCCUGGAACCACAACUCCUGGAACAACAACUCCUGGAACAUCAACUCCUGGAACCACAACUCCUGGAACAACAACUCCUGGAAGCACAACUCCUGCAACCACAACUCCUGGAACCACAACUCCUGGAACAACAACUCCUGGAACCACAACCCCUGGAACAACAACUCCUGAAACCACAACUCCUGGAACCACAACUUCUGGAACAACAACUCCUGGAACCACAACUCCUGCAACCACAACUCCUGCAACCACAACUCCUACAACCACAACGCCUGGAACCACAACUCCUGCAACCACAACUCCUGCAACCACAACCCCUGCAACCACAACUCCUACCACCACAACUCCUGGAACCACAACCCCUGGAACCACAACUUCUGCAACCACAACUCCUGGAACCACAACUCCUGGAACAACAACUCCUGGAACCACAACCCCUGGAACAACAACUCCUGAAACCACAACUCCUGGAACCACAACUUCUGGAACAACAACUCCUGGAACCACAACUCCUGCAACCACAACUCCUGCAACCACAACUCCUACAACCACAACGCCUGGAACCACAACUCCUGGAACCACAACUCCUUCAACUACAACUCCUGGAACCACAACUCGUGCAACCACAACUCCUGCAACCACAACUCCUGGAACCACAACUCCCGGAACCACUCCUCGCCCAGGCAGGUUCCUUGUCCUUCCUCAUGUGUCCCUUUUCCUCUCCUUCCCCCCCGGGUCUCGCGGUUGCUGUUGUGGUGUGCCGUGUCGCAUGUGGCUUUCCUCCCCGCCUGUCUGGUGCGUGCGAGGCGCCCUUGGCCCCCAUUUUUCUGCCUUUUCUCUCGUCUCCGCCCCGCAUCUGCGAGCUCAUCUGUGCGUCCCUCCUUCCCCGCGUGUCUGCGCUGUUUGUGUCCUGUGUGUGUCUCCUCUCCUUUUCCCUCUGUCGGUUUGGUAGCUGUAACCCUGUUAUUUGUGGUGUUGGGUCAGGGUCUCUGGUAGCCCGCCCGUCCUGUACUCGCUCUGUGGCCAGGCUGGCCUCUCCCUCAGGGCCAUCCCCCUGCCCCGCUUCCCCAGCGCUGAGACCCCAGGCAUUGGUGUGAGGCCUUUGCUCCAGCGGGAGGGCGCUCCGGCGGGCAGCACACCGCCUUCGUGCUCACACC